AUGGUGGGUGUUUUUCGCCGCUCUCUUUCUUUCCAGCCGGGCUCCGCCGCCGCCCGUCACCCGAACCCCCGAAUCUCCCGCCAUCUCCGAUCCAUUAGUUUACCAUGCAGAUCCCACCCCUUGAUCUCUUCCCUCAACGACGAGAUCGCCAAUCUCAAAUCCUGGCCGUCCACCGACCACCGUAACGCCGCUUGGCUAUGCAGUGGUCUCAACGCCGUGAAGCUCGUACAUGACUAUCUUGACGACAUACUCCAACUCCCACAAUCACGCGAGUCAAUAUGUCGAUUCUCGACAUGGGUCGAAAACGUUCUAGAAGACUUCCUUCAAUUCAUCGACGCGUAUGGAAUCUUCCAAAGCCUUGUCCUCACCUUCCGAGAGGAGCAUGUGGCGGCGCGUGUGGCCAUGCGGAGAAAUAACGAGAUGAAAUUAGACAUGUACAAGAAAGCCCGGAAACGAAUGGGAAAAGAAACGACUAAAUUGGGUUCGGUUGUUCGAGUUGUGACGGUAACAGAGGUUCCUGAGGAGGAGCUCGCGGUGGCGAUUAAGGGCGUGAUGGAGGUGACGGGGAUGGUUUCGGUGGCGAUGUUCGAGGGGAUCGGGACGUCGUUGGGAUGGAGACGGAAUAGGUGGAUGAGGAAGGGGAAGAAGGUGGAGAAUGGGAUAUUGGAGUUCAUGGAAGUGAGUAACAAUGGCGAUAAUGAAGUGAAGGUGAGGAUGGAGAAGAUGAAGGAUUUGGAGGAGUGGAUUGGAAGCAUUGAGAAUGUGACUGAAAAGCUCUUAAGAACUUUGAUGAACACUAGGGUUUCUAUACUCAAUGCUCUCUCACAUUAA